AUGUUCUGGUCAUCGUCCUCCUCGUCUCCUGCAGCCGAAAAGGCUGCUUCGGGCGAUGCCAACUCGGCCUCGUCUGCUCCAUCUUCACCCGGGCUCUCUUCGGCAGCGAGCGACUCGUCAACGACGGCAUCGACAACAUCGACCUCGACGACUGGCAGCGCGGGUUGGUCUGCCGACGGGCCAGCGGGUCUCGGGGUCAUCUCUUCCCUAUCCCCGGAAUGCACCCCGCUCAAGCACCGGUACGACUCGUGCUUUGACCGUUGGUUCACAGACUACCUCGCCAUCGGGGACGCGCAGAUACUCGAGCAGCAGCGUCAGGGCAACGGCGACCCCUCGGCUUCGCACGCAGGCGCAGCGGACCCGCCCAGGAAGAAGAAGAGCAGCUGGUUCGGAGGUGGCUCUGAGGACCAACAACCCUCUGCUUCGUCGUCGGCUGGCGCAAAGUCGGGCCUGUUUGCCACGUCUGGAGGGGUAUCGGCCGAUCCCGACCUGGAGCGCCGCAAGCGGGAGGUCAUGGAACGGUACGAGAGCGACUGCGGCAAGCUGUUCAGCGAGUAUCGGGCCUGCGUCAAGCGAGCUGCUUCGGCCAAGGGAUUGGACGCUCUGAUCGAGGAGGCCAGGGCCGAGAACCCGUUUCCCUUUGAUCACGAGCGACGCGCAGAUGGCCGCGAAAACAACCCUCCGUUUCCCUUCCCGGCAGCACGGCGUCCCACCGAAUAG